CCUCCAUAUCCCACCGCCAGACCUAGGUACCAACCUUUCAUCUAAACCACAGCAGUAACUCAAUCAUAUUCAGCCGAAGUUUCUCUGCAUCUGUAGGCUGUGCUGAAAAAUUCAUCCCUGGGUCAGUACGUAUUUGCCAAAAUCCAACGGAAAAUCAAGCAACAAUUAAAGUGGUAUAUUUGGAGAGUCUCCACUGCAGCAAAGGAAGAUCUAACAUUUCAUCACGCUAUUCUCAGAUAUAGUUUUGAAACAUGGGUGAGGUUCAGAAUGACCAAAGACAUUUGUCCAAUGUUAUUAGCAGACUACCAGAUGAAGUACUUCAGACCAUACUGGAUAAAGUACCAGUAAUUGAUGCAGUGAGUACUGGAUUCUUGUCACGCAGAUGGAGAGAUUUAUGGAAGUACAUUUCCAUCAUAGAAUUUGAUCCGUCUUGGGUAGAGUUGACAGGAAAGGAGAUUGUUUCAUCUCUUAAUCAGUUCAUCUGCCUUCAUAGAGGUAUAAAAAUUCAAAGAUUCUCUGUAAAGUUCACAUAUCAGCCUGAAAUGUCACCUAGUAUCGAUUCAUGGAUCCUCUUUGCAAUUAAUAAGCAUGUUGAAGAGUUAGAUCUUGACUUUGAUGUAGCUGAUACUAACAUCAUACAGAAUACUGCAUAUGCUCCUUGCUAUAAGUUACUUCCUAGUGUUUUCAACAGCAAAUCAUUAGUCAGUUUGAUAUUGUGCUUCUGUGAUCUGGAGCUGCCAACAUCAAUUCAGCUUCAUUCUCUUAAAGUGCUGCGUUUACACCGGAUUGAACUACCUCAAGAUGCAAUCCAAAUGCUCACCUCAAAUGCUCCAGUUCUCCAACAAUUGUUCUUGAGUGACUGCAACAGGACUAGGGAUCUAAGAAUUCAUGUUGCCCCAAGUCCACGGUUUUGUAAUUUGGUGAUCAUUGAAAACUUUUUUCCCGUCAACCAUACAACAAAAAUAUAUAUCAAGGCUCCAACUGCCUUUCAAGUGGCGUUUAUGGGUUCCAUGCCGAGGUCAAGGUAUAUUAUAGAGGAAGUACCGGAAUGCGAAGAGACUCAUUUCAGUCUUCAGGGGAUGUUUACUGCUUGUGGGAAGUAUGGGAUAAAUAUCUUGGUUGAUGACUCGAGGGCUCUUAGAUAUGAAUUUGUACUCCAAGAACUUCUUGCAAGAUUUCGCCACACAGACACUCUUCAUAUGUGCAACUGGUGUCUCCAGCUGCUUUCUCUGCGAGAGCUGAGAAAUUUAAGGAGAUUUGCAAUCAACUGCACCAUUUUGGAAAUAUCCAGUACUUUCUGGAAAUGGGAGCUCCCAGGAUUUAUUUACAUGCUAAAAUCCUGUCAUAGGCUUGAGGAGCUGAUAAUAGUAAUGGCUCCCAACAAUGACCAGAUACAGAUUCCCCAAGAUUAUCUGUUUCAGUAUGAUUUCGACGAAAAGAGAUUCCUUGAUGUCCAAGAUUUAGGACUUGAAUUGGAAAAUUUAAGGACUGUGAGGUUCAAAGUAAUGCAUGGAGAUUACCAAACAUGGGAGGAUGAGACUUUUAGUUUGGAAAGGUUCUUCAAUGGAGCUCUGCUGGCAAUUGAAAUCACAAAACUUUUAAGGGAUCAUGCAGUAAAUCUACGAAGUAUUGAGUUUGCCACAACCAAGCAAGAGAUUGAAAUUUUCUUUGAAGACUUAGAAAGGGAUGACGAUGAUGACAGGCCAAUGAUUAAAGUUCACUUGGCAUACUAAGAAGAAGAAUAUCAAAAGCAGCGGUAGUGGUCAUCAGUGUCUUAGUUGAUGUGGUUGUUAUUCAGAUAUCAUGGCAGCUAGCAGAACAAGGUUUGAUGUUUAAAAUUAUGUUCAUGUUGUUUCAGUUGUUGCAGUUUCUUUUUCUCUCCUUCAAGUAUCAUGACAUCAGGACAAGGUUAUUUGAUGUUAAAGCUUUCUGUUUUGAAUUGUA